CUGGGAUGAAGCGGAAACGCUGAGCGGCGGCGUGAGUUCGGCGGUGGUGGCGUGCGCUCUGCUGGCUGGUACUGUACACCUACAUAAUCUACGCCGUGUCGGAAAUGCGAUCCGUCUGGGAUGGGGGCCGCCGCCGGAGCUCAGGACAUGUGAAGUGGGGGAGUUACCCGAAUAGGCAGGGGAGAUGAGGCAGGACGCGGAGAGGGGCCACCCGCGUUCCCGACUCUCAUCUCUCUCUCCGUCCGCCCCUCCGCACGCUAUAAACUCUCUCAGCACCGUCUGAACCUCCCUCCACACCACACACGUACACCCCGCAACACGCAGCCAUGUCUGGAGAGGAACAGCCCAACACCGAUAUCAUCACGCUUACCCGCCAUGUCCUGAGCGACCAGUUCAGCAUCGGCCCCGCCGCGACGGGUGAUCUCACACUCCUGCUCACUGCCAUCCAGACGACGUCCAAGUUCAUCGCGACCAAUGUCCGGAAAGCGCGGCUAAUCAACCUCGUCGGCCUCGCGGGCGAGACGAACGUGCAGGGUGAGGAGCAGAAGAAGCUCGACGUGCUCUCGAACGACAUCAUGGUGAACUCGCUGCGCGCGUCGGGCAAGUGCGCCGUGCUCGUCUCGGAGGAGCUCGAGGAGGCGGUGAUCAUCGAGGACCGGUACAAGGGCAAGUACUGUGUCGUGUUCGACCCGCUUGACGGCAGCAGCAACAUCGACGCCGGUGUGAACAUCGGCACCAUCUUCGGCAUCUACCAUAUCGCGCCGGGGUCGAAGGGGUCCAUUUCGGAUGUGCUACGGCCGGGCAGCCAGAUGGUCGCGGCCGGUUACACGAUGUACGGUUCGUCAGCGAACCUGGUCCUGAGCACAGGCCACGGCGUGAACGGCUACACGCUUGAUGCUUCUCUGGGCGAGUUUAUCCUCACGCAUCCCGACAUCAAGAUCCCGCCGCGGGGCAAGAUCUACUCGUUCAACGAGGGGAACGCGAUGUACUUCCACGAGCCGGUCGUCGAGUAUCUGAAGAGCAUCAAGUACCCUGCGAGCGGCAAGUCGCCGUACAGCGCGCGCUACAUCGGCUCGAUGGUCGCGGACGUGCACCGCACGCUGCUCUACGGCGGCAUCUUCGGCUACCCGAACGACAAGAAGAGCAAGAACGGCAAGCUGCGGCUGCUCUACGAGGCGUUCCCGAUGGCGUUCCUCACCGAGCAGGCGGGCGGCGUCGCGACGACGGGCACGAAGCGCAUCCUCGACAUCCUCCCUACGUCCAUCCAUGAGCGCUGCCCGGUCUUCCUCGGUAGCAAGGAGGACGUGCAGGACUUGAUGAAGUUCUAUGAGGCACCUGCGGAAGCGAAGGCGUAGGUGCGGUAUGAAAUUGAGAGCCGAUGUAAUAUCCUGUAUAUUGUAUGCGAAUCUACCCAUGCUGUGGCAGUACCUUAGUGUGCAAGAGAGAUGUGAAAUGCAAGGAGACAAGUGUCUUGGGCAACGGGCAUAUGUGAGAGAGUGGGAGGCGGGAGAUGU